AGAUGAGCACGCAAGUGGAAUAUAUAAUACUGGAGUUGAAAAGGAUGAAUGUAGAACAUUUAAUGUUGGAUAUUAUUAUGGUGAAGGAAUUGGGAGCUUAGUAUUUAAUACAUUAGUCAUUUACUUACUUCCUUAUUAUAAUAGUUCCAUCCAAGCAUCAAAAUUGACCAAUGAAAAUUUAAAUUUGAAUUCACCAGUGCCACUUAUUAGUGAACAAACAUCUGAUAGUAUUAGUAUUAAUAAUAAACAAUUAUCAAAUAGUGUUAUUGACAUAUCUGAAUCUUUUUUACCAAUUCCAAUACCAGAAUCUGGUAUGCUGUUUAAAUCAUGGACAGAACUUGAUAGGUAUAUUGAUGCCUAUUGUAAUUCUAAAAACUUUUCUAAAGUUAUUUAUGGGGCAGAAUAUGAUAAUGGAAUAAG